AAUGCGCUGUCUUACUCACGUGAUAUACAUACUUUGGCAAAGUGCCAGUAUUGGACGUGUUACUUCUGGGUAUGUGCAGUACAUGUAGUGGAUCAGGUCCUGCUAUUGAUCUACACUGCGUUCAAAGUGACUCGGCCGAUAUGGACGUUAACAGAGAGGAUCCGUACUGCAGUCCAGUUAAAGAUGAGGAAACAGCUAUAAGGAGAAGCAUGAUGAACUUACGAGACAUUGAGGUGAGAUGUUUCAAAGCAGCCCCUAUGUGCUACGAAUCAUUAAGUGAAAAUGAGUCCAAGGCUUUCCGUGUUAGAUGUGCUGGAGCAGCAGUUUCUGGUGUGCUGGCAUUGCUUUCUGGUGCAAGAGUUACUGCACCAAUCGAGCGCUACCUUGAAAUCAAAAUUCUGCAAUCCAUGAAAGUUCCAUACAUCAUUGGAACUGUAUUUGCCUUUCUCGUCUUCGCUGGUGCACUUAAAGGAAUAGAAACGAUUGUGCCAUCAGGGUAUGAGAAGAAGGCUGAGCAAUACAACAGAGCUGCGGCCGAGUGGCAGCAACUGGAGUUGAAGAUCACAGCUUUCCUUGCUGCUGCUAUCGAAGGCCAAAUUACCGCUAAAGAAUGCAAAGCAUUCACAGAACAUUGCGCCAAGAAGCGAAAGAAAAUAUGUCUUAUUGCUUGUCCAGAUCAAUCGAUCUACAAAAAGUACGAAUCUGAUAACAAUCUAGUAGAGUCACUUAUCAAGCGCAAGAAAACACUCCGGAAAUUCCACAAGAGACUGCAAGAAGAAGGUCUGUUCUGAUAUAAGUGUCUGGACAUUCUCCAUUAAAAAUAGUUACCUUCAUUCCUAGAACAACAUAUUGCGUGUUUGUGACACACGCCAAUAACCUUCAAUAGACAUAGUAGAGCGUAUGCAUAUCAUAUUUUCCAGUUAAACAUGCUUGAGCCAUUCUACAGCAACGCAUUAUUAUUAUAUACUGCCCACACUGCUUUGUCUUUGACAUUAGGUAUUUUUAUAUUAGUACUUCAGCUUAAACUCACAAACGUGCAGCUUAUUAUUUGGAGUUUUAAGGCUGUUAUUACAUGCCGGGUUACAUGAAGCAACCAUACAAAAUUGAUUUCUUGACACCAAUCAUCGCAUUGGGGUGUGGUAUACAUAAAAUAACUUUAUACCUUGUUAUAUAUAUUCUCCUGUUAAACAUGCUUGAUCGGUUUUGCAGUAGCGACAAAUCAUAUAUAUGCUGCCCUAACCGCUUUGUCGCUGACUUUAUGUAAUUUGUGAACAGAAAUGUAUGAUUUGAUUGCUCAAAACAGAAUUCCGGAAAUUAUAUUAUUUACACAACGUUAUUCGAGGAGCAGAUACUGAAUCAUGAGUCUUCAGUUUGUGAAAUGUCAUUUUUUUUAAAUAUUUUAGAAAUCACAAAAUGUGAACAUUUGGAGUUAUUAAUACUAUUAUAAUGUCAGUUCACCUUAAACUCGCAAACGUGCAGUUUUUUAUUUGGAGUGUUAUGAUUGGUAUUGCAAUUAUGACGAUUUUUGACACAUGUGAGCUAAUUACAUUCGAAACAGGUUUUUGUAUAUUUGCAAUCGGUAAAAGGCUAGAGGUUGAGCUAAAACUUCACGUGUGUAAUGUCUGCUUAUCAUUAUGCUUGUGAUUUCGAAUAAAUAAUCUGCUAAUU